AUGAACGACUUCACGGUGAAUGUUGCCUAUGAAUUAUCCUCGGAAGACAAAGAAUUCAGCUCAGCGCAUCUAUCGGAUGGGAUUAUUAUGCUUUCCCCAGCUCAGGAGUCAACGAAAAAUUCGAGGUCUCUCAGUGUGCCGCUCGGCCUUGAGGCCCUUGAUCCUGCAUUUCAACUGUCUGAAUACCUUCGAUCACGCCGAAUAGAGUCUUCGCCAGCUGCAAACGAUGAUCUAGUCGAUACAAAAAGGUUCCGAUCGCCAUUCACCUGGUCGACAAGCCACAAGAUCAUUGUUCUUUCCGGGGCAUUUAUGGCAUCGACGCUGGCUGCAUACUCAGCCGGUGCGUACGCGCUGGCCUCUGAGCCACUAAGACAUCAAUGGAAGAUCAGUGAUAUGAAAUUCAAUGCCGGAAUCACUAUCUUCGUGGCUGGCUUCGGUUUCACGCCUAUGAUACUUGCACCAGUAUCUGAAGUCUACGGUCGCUAUUGGGUCUUUCUCGGAUCGGGAGUUGUCUUCUUCCUUGGUACUCUGGGGUGCGCUAUCACGAAAAGCUACGCCGGUAUGAUGGUCGCGAGAUUGAUCACCGGUUGCGGUGCGGCUGUCUUUGCUACACUUACUGGAGGUGUUGUCAGCGAUCUAUAUCGUAAGGAUAAUCGCAACACGCCAAUGGCCUUGUAUUCACUCUCCAUUAUGGCUGGCACUGGCCUGGGACCCUUGGUUAGUGGUAUUGUGGUCGAUCGCCUGGGUGCGAGAUGGAUCUUUUACCUUCAGCUUAUCGCCAUAGGAGUUACUGUGGUGGUGCUACUUUUGUUGUUCGGUGAGACAUCAUCACCUUGCUGUUUGAGGAGACUUUGCCAUGCUUUGAACAAGAAGCAGCUUCGAACUCUGUCUGGAGAGAGACUGUAUUUCUUCCCAUCUACGACGAAGACCCUGAAGCUAGAAGUUGCUAUCAUCUGGCGCAGCUUUGCGUUUCCUCUCAAGCUACUUGCAACCGAGCCCGUUGUGUUCUGGAUAUCUGUUUGGGUUUCAUUCGCAUGGGCAAUUCUAUACAUGCAGUUCAACAGCAUCGGAAUUGUCCUCAGGAGUGUUUAUCAUUUCAACAGUACCCAAGUUGGUGCUGUCUACACGACAGUCAUCGUCGGAUCGGUACUCAGUGCCAUCCUCGCCAUUUUGGAGGGUCCAAUCCGUCGACGCCUCUUCCCCAAUCGUUCCUCCGCAGAUACACCAGAGCAGCGGCUCUUAUCUCCUUGCAUCCAGUCAAUCUUGUUGCCCAUUGGUCUUUUCUGGUUCAUGCUGAGUGCGAAAGCCGACAUUCCAUGGAUCUCGCCUGUACUUGCGAUCGGGUCAUGCACAAUGGGUAUCUUUAGCAUAUACCUUGCUGUGUUCAACUAUCUCGCCGACACGUACCAUCAAUACGCCUCAUCUGCGCUUGCAGCUCAAAGCAUGUGCCGUAACCUUCUGGCGGGGAUCUUCCCCUUGGUCACAAGUAGCAUGAUCAAGAAUUUGACAUUGGCGGGGACAGGUGGUUUAUUGGGUGGACUUGGUCUGUUAUUGGCUAUUAUUCCGUGGUUGCUAUUUUUCUUCGGUCGAAAGAUUCGGGCGAAUAGUCCUUUUGCGAAGGAGCUAGAUUGA